AGCCACCCGAAGCUUCUCUCCACCAUAAUCUCUCCCGCACGAGCGUCCCGGCUCCCAAAAUAAUCCAGAUGAAGCCGUUCAAAAGGUCCCACACGGGUCCGAAACGGCUCAACGCCCUGGGCAUGGCGGGAGCUCUCGACGAUUCGGGAACCCCAGACGUCUCUGCGGAUUCCGACAACGAGUACUCUCUGGUCGACGAGGAUGGGACUCGAGCACAGAGAUUUGCUACGGAUCUUCAGGGGAAUAGUUUUAGGGAGCUCGAAGCCAGACGAGUGGAAGAACGCAAAGCCGCUAUCAAAGCCGGACUGAUAUCGGACCCCGACAAGCCAACCUCUUUAGAACAUGCCAUUGAAUUCCGAGGAACAUGCAAGGACAUGUGUCCCCUAUUCGAACAACAAGAGCGAGAGUUCAAGAAGAAUGUCCAUCCCUUGGAGCAGAGGGAAGGUCAGCCGGGGAGGAUCGAUCCGGCCAAGGCGGUAACGAUGUAUCAUCGAUCUGCAGCAGGAAUCGAUCAGCCUCUGCCUUCGGAUGUCCGAGACCCAGAGACACUCAAGCGCACGCUGGACCACCUCUUUCAUCAUGUCCUCGACACCCCUGCUCCACCUCCAACAGAUCCUGGUCAACCCGUCCUUCCUGCCCCGCUCGCCUCGCUGAAACACACGCACCAUUUCCUCCGAGAUCGGACCCGAGGGAUCAGGCAGGAUUUCACCUAUCAGCGGCAAUGGGGUGUAUUGGAGAACAUCGAGUGCCAUGAACGGAUAGCGAGGUUUCACAUACUGAGUAUCUACAUGUUGGGGACACUAGAGGAGAGGCAUUUUCUGAAGCAAGAGGCGGAGCAAUUGAACAAGACACUCAUCUCGCUCAUCGAGCUGUACGAGGAUCAACGAUUGGACGGGCACGAUUCGCAAAAUGAACCCGAAUUCAGGGCGUACCAACUUCUGUCCCAUUUGCACGAUCAAGAGGUCGCCCGUUCCAUUCUCGCCCUUCCAGCGCACAUCUUCAAUCACCCGCUCGUUCAAAUCGUAUUUGAUCUCCGAGCUCUUGCUCAGCGCAAUUUCGACACCCAAAAAGUCGGAAGCAAGAGCAACGCCGAGAUCAGUUUGAACUUUUUCACUCGAUAUUUCAAGCGGGUCAAGAGCCCAGACGUGCCGUUCCUCGUAGCCUGCCUAGCGCAUAACAAGCUCGGCGAGGUCCGAAGAGCGGGAGUGAGGGCGUUGAUGAGGUCGUAUGCCAGGGUUCAGCCAGCCAACAUCGGGACGAGCGGCAUGAAGACCAAGGUGAUGACAAUCGAGGUCUUUAGGGAAAUGAUGGGAUGUGUGGAUGACGAUGAGGCCUUCGAUCUGGCGGUGACGUUGGACGUGACGCCAGUCUGGGAGGAUGGGAGGAUAGAGGGCGAGGGCAUGCCGAUGGGAUUCUUGAUCAGUGCCGGGGCCGAUUAUAACGACAACGCCGACGCGCCCCCAUCGGAAAAGUGGCCCGAUAUCGAGGCGAAACGUUCGGGAGCUUCGUUUCAAGAGAUUAUCGAUGGCAAGGUGUCAACGACUAGCAGCAAAUCACUUCGACCUGCGUUCACUCCGACCGAAUCGUUACGACAACAAGCAAAGGUUCAGGUUCAAGCUCGACCAGCUUUGUCUUCAAAACAAUCAGCGUUCAGUGGUCAGAGCUGGUCAGCCGGUAAUGCACCGGAACCCCAACCUCAUGUCGGUGUCGGCGCCCCUCCACCAAGACAGCCAUUAGUCAUGGAGCCACCUUCGAGACCUUCUUCUGCCACCGAAACUCGCGGCGCGUUCGGUCAAACGGCCCCAUCUCUCCCUGCGUCAACCUCGUUCUCUGCCAGUCAACCCUUUGCGAGACCCAGUAUGCAGAAGGCUGAACCCGAACAAGCUGUUAGAUUCUCUCAGCCGGAAAUUGGGGAAAGGCCCGUCAUACCUGCUCUGGUUGGACCACCGCCAGCUCGACCUGAUGUGAUCAGUGAUCAACCUCCCGUCAACGCGAUCGCCUCCUCGUCUACCCCGAAUAGGUUGAAGCGAGUCGUUGCCGAAAGGCCCAAAGGACCGUCGCCAGAGCAGAUGGAGGUCAUAGCAAGGAAUAUUGCUAGCAGAGUGUUGUUCGAAGUAGUCAAUCAACAAAAGGAAGCCAUCAUCACCGAAGCGGUCAAGCACGAGAAGAAGCGCAGGGCGGCUGAACUCCGAGACAAGGAGAACAAGCGAGUCUACGGUAUUUCACAAGGCUUGACUGAGCGCACUUUGGAAGUUUGCCUGCAAUACACGUGCGGUCGGAUCGCGGCACAGGCUUACUUGGAGGAGUGCCGGCGCUUGACCAGUCUGCACGUAUCGUUCGGAAAUUGGUUUUCUAAGGCUUCAAGCAAGCGGAGGCGACGCGAGAUUAAAGAGGCGAAACGCCAGAGAUUUGCCGCCCGCAUUCAGGGUAUGGGUCUAGGCGCAUCUCAGGCUGGGGGGACAGACUUGGACGGACAGCUCGAUGAGACUAUCAGCAAGAGUGUACGCAGACGUGGCACAAGCUCGCUCGGGCUCGAUUUAGCGUAUCAUGGCGCCGAAGAUACGGUCGCCGUUAUGGAUCACCGCACAAAACAAAAGGCAAUCCUCGAGGAAGGCACCUUUUUCUCACUGGUUGGGAAUCACGUCUGUAACAUCGAAUCGGAAUUGGACGCCCUCGAAGCACGUAAGGCGGAUGUGCAGGAUUUAGGGGAAUGGCACGUUGUGGUCGACACGACAGACGGAACUAGUGGGGAGUGGCUGCGCCGCAAAUUCAAUCUCACGGAGGAUGGACGAUAUGAAGCGAACUUUUCAGGGUCGUGUCGGGAUGCCAAAAUCGUGGCGGUUGCGAAUAGCGAUGACGAAGAAGAUUGGGCGGCAGAUGUCGGGUUGGUGGUAUUUGAAUGCCAUGCUGAAUUGUCAAGAAAUCAACAACGUUAUCGCGAUAUCGUGGCGAAGAUACCGCCUCGAAGGCGGUUUCAAUUAGGCAUUCUUUUCGUCACCUGGGUCGAAGCCGACUGCGAAGAUCUGUUCGGAUCACUUGGUUUGCAUGACAAGCAGCCGGCUUUUGCUUGGCACCAUGUCAUUUGCCUGAAAAAAGACGCCUCCGAUCAAGCAUUCGACAGAAGCUUGUUCGAUGCGUUGCCGGAAGUGACUACCGUACCAACGAAGACGUUCAGUACGUCAGGCGUCCUGGAGGCAAUGGUGCCGCACUGGAAAGGUCUUCGUGCCGUGGCCGUCUCCCUACUGAACCAGGAGGAACUCGACUUAGGACUACUCGCCCGGACCGUGCGACUGCUCCUGCAGUCGCUGACAGAACUCCUACAGAGGAUCGUGCACGAUUUUCUCCUUCCCCUCGAAGUCACGACGGAUGAUUUCCCCAUUGUGGAGUUUGCUGUUGCACCUUGUCCAGAAGGUCUGGAAUUUCCCUCUCAACUGCGCUCAGCUAUUCUCACAGCCGUCCCGAACGGUGACGAUAUUCCCGAAAUUAUCGCAGAGGCAUUGAACGAAUGGAAGGAGACAGAAGAUCUCGAAGGCAGCAGCGAUACAGAGACACGUUUGCGAACUAGACAUUUGCAUACCGGAAACUGAAAUCGCUGAUGCGGAUCGGAUCGGGGAAGACGCGGUGGUUCGCUACGAGGACGACGUCGAAGCGAUCCGUGGUGAGAUCACUAGGCUUGCUACGCCCUCGCAGCCGAAGCCUCGGCUCUCAGUCUUAUCACAAUCUGUGACGCCGUCAGUGGAGGCUGUCGCGCCACACCUCAGCGCUGCUGAACGAUUGCAAGCCGCUAUCGCUGCUGCAAAGCCGGAAAUUGAUGCGGCUGAACCUCUUACGAAAGAACACAUGACCUCUGCAAUACUCCAGCAUACUUACGCAUACCA